AUGGGUGACCACCAGAACUUGCUCACAGAGGAAGAAGACCAGCUCUGUUACAUAGACAGAUACGACGUAAACGAGCUAAUCGGAGACAUAGAGCAAAAUGACGGAGAUGCUCAAUGCAACGAAAGUAACAGCAUAUGCGAAUAUGAAAUACCGUUCCUUUUCAGCAACAGGGAAAACAAUAGGGAAGACUCGGAAAGAAAUUCCUCAGUCAGUUACCUCGACGACGGAGCGUCAACUAUCAUUUCGAAGCAAGAUGAGGAUAACGGAACGGAAGAAGAUCCAGUUGGAAAAAACAAAACAAAAAAAAAACAAACAAGCAAAACGAAAGGAAAGGGAAAGAGUAAUGGGAAAAACGAACAAACAGCAAAGGAAAAAAUUAACAUUAUUUUUAUACCCAGUGAUGGCAAUGGACUUGACAACUUUGAAGAAAUUCUUGCCAUGAAAAAUAUGAACAAUGAAAAUGUAGAAAAAAAAUUAAACGAAAAAUUUUAUCAAAUAUUCUGCAAAAGUGUUGCAGAUAUAAACACACACAAUUUGAGUAAAGUGAGGAAGUCAAGUGAGAGGCAGAGAAGGGGGACUCUGCAUGUAGAACACAUCGAUUAUGGAGACAUUUUUCUCUCCAUAAAGGAUUCCGUAACACGGAGGGAAAGGAGAAGCAACAGCAACCUUCUUCGGGAUGACUCACUUAGGCAGCUUGGCGGGAGGAAGGAACAGCUGAGGAGGUACACUAAUGUGGAGGAGCAUCAUCAGGCAUUACUGGGGAAGAGAAAGGUUAAGAACGCGUACAAUUAUCGCUGCAACGGUGGGAACUUCUUCAAAUCGUACAGAAAAAAAGACACUCUUUAUUAUCACCCCAUCGGAGAUCGUAUUAUAGAAAAGGGAGCUAGCCACUCUCGUAGGAGACAAGUUACGGCUCCAUAUAUCCACCACGUAGCAGCCAAUAAGAGGAGGAGGUACUACGUCUCCCCCGCGGAUGAUCGGCAUAUUAUUCCAUAUGAUGACGUUACUCUGGAGGACAGAAAAUUUCUAUCAAACCUUUACAUAAACGGGAAUGGGAAAAAACAAAAUGUUAUGUGCUCUUCGGGUGACUAUGAGGAAAAGAAGGGUUCACCUUUCUCAGGAGAGAAAAUCACAUCGAACCAUGUACUCAUUCAUUCGGGGCGGAGCCCACGUGGUGUAGAUGCGAGACCCCAAGAGGGAGGAAUAAGAAGAAACUGCCCCCCUGCGCAAGAAGAAAUACAUCUCUGUGAGCAGCAUGUUGGGGUGGAAGCACAUGGAGAGCAGUAUUACCUCUCGAGGAGGGACAACGAUGAGGUGACACGACGUGAAGGAAGCGCCCCUACAGUUGUAGAGAUUAACCAAGGAGAUAAACAACCAGAGGAGGGAGUAACCAACGCAUUUGAAUUAAAUUUUGUUUUUGACUCCAGGAGGGAUCUUCCCCCUGAGGAGAUAGGCAGCGAGGACGCGGGUGGUGAAGAGAAAAACGACGGUUAUGCAUGUUGGGGGGAUAACCAACCAGGUGAGGAGGCAGCAUUGGGGAGUGACCCAGGUGAGGAAGCAGCAUUGGGGAGUGACCCAGGUGAGGAGGCAGACGUGGAAAAAGAGGAGGAGAGCACAAGCCCCCCCAUACAUGGUCACCAAACGGAAGCAAAAGAAAACACGCCACCCAAUGAUGGGAACGCCAAUGAGUUGUGCCAUUGGACAGGAGAAGUAGAGAGUGCGUGUGACGAAUCGGUAGUCAGUUUGGGGAGCCUCAGGAAAUCGGGAGGGGAGGGAGGACACCCGUUUUUAUCUAGUAGGGAAGACAAAGAAUAUUUCGACCUGCUGGUGAGAAGGUAUGAAAAGACGAAAUUGGUUCUGGAGGGCAGUGAGGUUUUUUCCAUGAGUGUUAGCGAUGCGCCAGGGGGGGGGGCGUCGGUCGGUUCGCUCGCAAGUGUGGGGGAAGUGGCGGGAGAAGUGGCAGGAGAAGUGGCAGGAGAAGUGGAAGUGGUGGGAGAAGUGGAAGAGGUGGGAGAAAUGGAAGUGGUGAGAGAGGCUGGAGAAAAGGAAGUGGCGGGAGAGGCUAGAGAAAAGGAAGUGGCGGGAGAGGCUGGAGAAGUGCCGGAUGUAGAAGUGACGGAAGAGGCAAAUGAGAACCCUCUGGGGGAGCUCAACACAGAGGAUCGAGCGAGUCAAAAGGGCGGGGAAGAAGCAGAAGGGGAGGAAGCACCAACGGGGGAGCCCUCAAUGGAUGAGGCACCCGCUGAUGACACCUCCCAAAUAGGGAGGUACGAGGAGCUCCUCGAAAACGACAUGUGCGAUUUGUACAACCUGAAGAUGCACGAUUUGAAGACGCUAAAAAAAUGCGAUUUUGGUUCCUCGAAAAAUUUACUGAUAAAGGAUAUCUUUAUGAACCAUAGCAACAUCUUGAAGGAAGACGAGGGUCCAUUGGAGGACGUAGUCGAUAUGGACAAUGCACAGGGGAGAAAUGAUGAACCUAUUGAUGAAGAUGAUGGAGAAAUUAAAAGCUUCUUAGCGAAACUGAAGGCAGAUGUGACUAGCCAAAUAAAUUUGAACAACGAAGACAAUGAGCAGGCCUUCGAUUUGUUGGAUUCGGUGCAUGAGAAUGGUUAUUACUACGAUUGCGAUGGGGCAGAGGAGGAAAAGAAGGAGGAGGAAAAGAAGAAGGUGGAAAAGAAGAAGGUGGAGGAAGAUGAUGAUGCAAGGGGAUACGACCUGUUCGAGGAUGAUCCCAACGACGGAGAGGAUUUCCCGAUGGGGUCAAAGCUGAACCUGUCAGAUUUGGAUGACAACGUUGGUGGUGGCACAGCAGGUGGUGCAACGAUGGACGCUGCGGUGGAGGCCCACCCCGGAGGAGGGUCCCUGUUCGGGAGUCCAACGAAACUGGAGGAAGAGAGAAAGGACACCGAAUGUCAAACGGAAUUCCCCCUAGAUUUUUCAAGGAAUACGAAUAGAACCCCAAGAAAAAAAAGCGUAGAGGUAAUUUUAGUGAAGAAAAAACUAAAGAGGAUGAAGGAGAAGGACGAUGAAGAGGCAGACGAAGGACAAAAUAAAUUCGGAGUGAGUCAAACGGAUCCAAAAGCUUCAUAUAGAAGGUAUCCAAGAAGAAACAGAAUUAAAACAUUACGUUAUUGGAUAGGUGAAAGGGAACUUACCAAGAGGAACCCAUACACAGGGGAGAUAGAUGUUGUCGGAUUUAGCGAAUGCACUAAUCUAGGAGAUUUGUCUCCACAUAUUAUUGGGCCAAUAAAAUAUAAGGCGUUGAAUCUGAGAGGUAUGUAUCCUUUGAGUGCGGAUGAGGAGGAAGUUGGACGUGGGCAUGGGAGUGACUCUGUGGAUGAUGAUUCGGGGGAUGCAUUUGGUGGUUUCCACACGGAUGGUCACGUGGAUGGCAGAGUGAGGAAACAUGGGAGUGAUCAUUUGGGGGUAGGGAAAAGCAGGAAGAGACGCAGGAGCGAGGAGAAAGGAACACUUAAGAGAGACAGCAAUGGAGAGAAGGACAGAGAGGAGGAUUCCGAUCGAGUGGUCACGCGACUGUCCAGCAGAAGCUACAGCGUUUCCAAGAAAAGGAGGAAAAGGAAAUUCAUAAAUAUUGUUAAUUACAUUAAGAAGAGAAGAAAAAAAAAGUUGGUCAAGAGUGUCGACAAGGGGGAGGGAGAGGCGGCGCUGUUCACCAAGGAGGACAAGGAGGACAAGGAGCUAAUCGGAAGUGACGUUGCGCAGGGUGAUGCGGCAGGCAGCGGGGACGCCCCUGCGCGGUGUGACCACAUGGAGGGGAAACACAACUCGGAGGAGGGUCACAACUCGGAGGGGAAUGAGGACAACCUGUUUCACGAUGCGAGCAGCUGGCGCUUCGAUGAGGAGGCCGCCGAUGUGGAAGUGGACGCAGGUGAGGCGCUGCCGAGGGAAGCGUCGCCAAGCGAGGCGUUACCAGGGAAAGAGGCACCUGAGAAAGAAGCACCUGGGAAAGAACCACCAAUUGAAGAACCACCAAGUGAAGAACCUCCAAUUGAAGAACCACCAAGGGAGGAACCCCCAGACGAGUGGCCACCCGUCGAAGCGGCGGACCAGCUGGUUGCUAAUGAGGGAGGUUUGGAGGAGGGGACCAAAGAGAGCGCAAUCGAAGGGGAAGACGAAGAGGCGAAGGAAGCGAACAGCGACGCGAUCAACGAAAACACCAAGGACGGUGCAAAAAAUAUCUCCGAGAAAAGGGAAAAAAUGCAAAAAAAGAAAAAAGAUGAGAAAGAGAAAAAAGAUGAGAAGGAGAAAAAAUAUGAGAAAAAGAAAAAAGAUGAGAAAAAGAAAAUAAAGGAAAGAAGAAUCGAUCAGAUGUAUAAAGAGUUGUCCCUGUUCAACUUGGACUUUCUGCCCCCCGGCGGGAAGGUGAAAGCGUCGAAAGGGGAGAAGAAGGUCAGACAGGAGGGGGCGGCCGGGGGGAAAGGCGCGAAGAAGGACAUAACUAAGGGGAGGAAGGAGAAGAAGGGGAAGAAGCAGCAGAGGGAGCUGAGGGAAGUGAGGCAGGAGGAAACACAGAAGGAUCAGAUAUCGGGGGAGCCGCAGGAUGACGUCCAAGGGGACCAAGACAGAGACGAUGCGCAGACCAGCGAAAACACAGCCUGCGAUUCGGAGCUAAAUGGACAGAAGGUGGCUACCGUUUUGAGGACAGAAGAAGUUGGUAGCACGAGCGGCGAGGAGGCCGAUAGUAAGGUUGAAUCGAAGGAGGAGAUUAGUAGUGGGUCAGCUGACGAUAUCGAAAAGGAGCUCCCCCUGAGUGGCGAUCUGCUUGUGAAGGUGAGUCCUACUGACAGUGGGGGAAAGUCCCUUUUUGGUGAGCAGAAUGAGCACCAUGAACAGAGCAAGGAUGACGCGGACGAUGUGAAGACAGUGGUGGAAGGAGAGGCGAGCAUGAGCGGGGGCGAGGAAAAAACAAGCACAAUGCUUUCUGCUAACGUUGGUGAAGUGGAGGAAUAUGCGAAGCGGUUGGUUCAGUCGGCUGCAAAUGAGACGAAGGGUGUGGCCACUGCAGGGGAGGAGGGCCAUACCAGCCUGUGGGAAUCCACCCGGGGAGCUGUCACCCAGGGAAGCAUCACCCAGGGAAGCGUCACCCAGGGAAGCGUCACCCAAGGAGGCGUCACCCAGGGAAGCGUCACCCAAGACGAAUCGAAGGAACCCUCUAUAGAGCAGGACGAAACAGACGUAGCUGUACCAACUCUACAAAAUGACGGAGCAAAAUUAAAUUAUAUGAAAGAAGAAAAAAAUGAUGAAGGGAGCAAAUUUGAGAGGAAUAAAAAGAUAAAGAAGAUAGUUCCCAUGGAAGGGGAAAAUGAAAUGGCGCAUGUGCAGAAGGACUCACUAAAUGAAGUGUCGUCUAGUAACCGUACAGAUGCUCAUGUGGACGGAGAGGAAAAGAAGAGUGUGGCAGCAGUGUGUGCAAAGUCCAGUAGGAAUAAUAAGACCAUUUUGAAGAAAUUUGUCCGUGUAAAGGUUGUGCAUUUUGAUGUGGAUAGAAGAAAGCAUAGGAGGGGCAAAACUGGGGGGGUAUCAAAUAUGGUAUCCCUGCGGAGGAGAGGCGUGGAGGCAGAAAAUGCGACCGACGGAAUGGGCGAAGUGGUCGAAGUGGUUGAUAGAUUGUACGAAGCGACCGAUAGAUUGUACGAAACGACCGAUAGAUUGCACGAAGUGAACAUCCCCCAGCUGCUCAGACUUAACAGCUGCAUCAUCACAGGCAGUGCACAUUUCAAGGAGGAUUUCCCCCUGUGCAAAAGUCUUCCCCUCGUCCAGAAGAACCUGUUUAGCGACGUUAAGGUGGACCUCAGCCUGUACAGCGUCCGGAUGACCCCGCGAGAAAAAUACAGCUCAAGCAGCCUCCACCACAACUUGGUGGGGUACGUCGACGCAGGGGAGAGGAUUAAAAUAGUCCUGGGUAGCCAGGAGAGGUGUUUCGAAAGGGGCGACUUUUUUUUCAUUCCUCGGUUUCGCAGUUUCGUGGUGGACAACUGCAGCAGUGAAGAAUGCGUUGUGUAUGUCUGCCCCGUAGGGGCGUCCAUCCCUGCGACUGAUUAG